UGGGCUGAGGGAGGGGGCGUGGUUUUGUGCUCAGUCACUCGGCUGGUAAUGUGCAGCCUCUAGUCUGUGCGGUGCGGCUGCCGGGGACACCGGGGGAUGUGCGGCUUGUGUGAACAUUGCGGUACCGCCAGCGCCUCUGCAGUACAGGCAGUUUGCUGAAGUAGAAUCAGAAUUCAUGAACCCGGAUUUAUAAUCUUCUACAAAAUGGGGAACGGCCUUUCCGAGCAGACUCCUAUCCUGUCGGGGAUCUCUCCAUUUCAGGCGCUGCACAUCGUCAUCUUGGGCCUGGACUGCGCCGGGAAGACGACCGUGUUGUAUCGGUUACAGUUUAAUGAAUUUGUCAAUACCGUCCCCACCAAAGGGUUUAACACGGAGAAAAUUAAGGUGCCACUAGGGAAUUCCAAAUCGGUCACCAUUCACUUUUGGGAUGUUGGAGGCCAGGAGAAGCUGAGGCCACUCUGGAAGUCUUAUACCCGUUGCACGGAUGGGAUUGUAUUUGUGGUGGACUCUGUGGAUGCCGAGCGCAUGGAGGAAGCCAAGACGGAACUUUACAAAAUUACCAAACACUCUGAGAACCAAGGAGUCCCGGUUCUUGUGGUGGCCAACAAGCAGGACCUGAGGAACUCUUUGUCUCUGUCGGAAAUAGAGAAACUUCUGGCGCUAAAUGAGCUCAGCUCGUCCACGCCGUGGCACCUCCAGCCCACCUGUGCUAUCAUUGGCGACGGCCUGAGGGAGGGCAUAGAGAAACUAUACGACAUGAUCAUCAAACGGAGGAAAAUGCUCAGACAGCAGAAAAAGAAAAGAUGAAAGCUUGUUGCAGUGGUCCACGGAGCGCAACAAUGUGGCGUAGUCCCGCCCCGUCAGUAUGUUGACGUUAACCAGGGUUAGGUCAGGAAACCUGGACCCGGCUGGUGUUAAAGCUACAUUCCAUCUUAAUUUCUAGUCGUGAAGAUCGCAGUGUGUCCGAGUUGUGUAAACACCAGGAGACCGUACCGUGCGCAUCGGCGGAACGCGUGUGAACGAUGAACUGUGAAUGUUUGCAAGGACGUGGAUGUUGGAAUAAUGCCUUUUAAGGAGGGCGGAUGCUCCUGUGACGCAGGCGGAGGAGAGAAAUUAGGACAUGUGACGUCCCCUGCGCCCCUACUCCCCCUCGUCUUGAUACUAUAAAAUAUCCGACAUUCCGAAUACAACAUCAUAGGUUUUUUUGGGGGGGGAGGGGUAAGAAAGGAGACAUCCAUGCUGAUCUUUUAAGACUUCUCCAUGCAGUGCAUGAAGGUUUUCAUUCUUCAUUUUUCUUGCCUUUUGUGUUUUAAUAUAUAUAUUUUUUUUAUUCUUUGACCUCACAUGACUAUGCAGUGCAUUAUGGACUAAAAACUAUGAAAUGCGUCUGCAGACACAGGGCCUGAUGUCGCAACUCGUAAAGUGUUGAGAUUGUAUAAUACUGAGUCACUUUGCAUAUAGUUUGGUUUACUUUUCUUUUGCGCUGGUUUUGAUUGUUUUAUACUGCAUUCACAUCCAUUCACAUGCAGAGUCCACUGGUUGGGGAACACUGAUAUAUAUAAAGCACCAGAGAUGGGUUAUAUCAGGGUUUCCCAACCAGGGUGCCUCCAGUUGUUGCAAAACUACAACUCCCAGCACACCCGGACAGCUGAAGGCUGGGAGUUGUAGUUUUGCAACAGCUAGAGGCACCCUGGUUGGGAAACACUGGGCUAUACACCAGGCAGUGUAUAGUGAUCUUAUAUACAGUGCAACGUUAUCAGUGUGCAGUGGUUUAAGAGUUCAGCUAUACUGAUGGGGCCGUAUCUACCAGUACAGCCUCGUCAGGUUCCUGCUAACAGCCGGAAAUUAUUUUGAUGCAGCUUUUGCUGUGACUAGAGUAAAUUCGAUUUGUCACGAACUUCUCGGCUCGGUAGUUGAUGACUUAUCCUGCAUUAAUUAGUUCAGCUUUCAGGUGGACUGGAAAAGGUGGAUACAGUCCUAGAAAAGAGUCUCCUAGGACUGUAUCCACCUUUUCCAGCCCACGGGAGCACCGGAAAGCUGAACUAAUUUAUGCAGGAUAAGGCAUCAACUGCUGAGCCGAGAAGUUCGUGACAAAUCAAAUUUACUGUAAGUUCGCUCAUCUGUAGCUGCGACCAUUGCAGACUGUAGAUGUAGUUUUGCAGCUGGUUGGGGGUACACUUGAUAUAUAAGGGUUAUCCUACUCCAAAGGCUGUCUUGGCAUGCUGGGGGUUGUAGUUUCACAACAUGUGGAGGCACCCUAGUUGGGAAACACUGCCGAAAGUUCAUGGCCUCAUAGCUUCGGUUGCGGUUUUAGAAGGUCUCUGAAAUUUGGUACAGAAGCACAGUGUCGCCACUAAGUCGUACUGUUCCGAAUUGAAUAUAUAUGAAUGAUAGUUUUGCCUGAGCAAAGUGUAAAGUUUGCUCCCCUAAAAGGUAGAGGUAAGGACUUUAUUAUGGUACAGUAAGCUCCACCCACAGUAGUCAGACUACUUAAACCAGUGUUAAACAACCAAGGUGCCCCCUGCUGUUGUAAAAAGUACAACUCCCAGCAUGACCAGACAGCCUUUGACUGUACGGGCAUGCUGGGAGUUGUAGUUUCACAACAGCUGGAGGCACCCUGGUUUUGGAACCACCGACCUAACAUGACAUAAAACAGGUGCAGGGAGAUGGGUCCCAUAACAGUAUUGUUUACAAUGAAACGCGUUUCGGAGAAAUCUUAUUUACGUAAGGACCCCGGUAACUAGUCAUUGGUGCGGUUCCUGCGGCUGCUCCACAACCUUCCAGCACUGGGUGACACCUCUCCUUACCUGUGUAUAGCGAGAGUGUCUUCACUCGGGGCCGACAGGGUGGGAAUUAUACCAACGACCAGUUACCCCCGGUUCUUUCUUUUUCAAAAUGUCCUUUCUGAAACACGUAAAUCAGUGUUCUGUGACCCUGCACCAAUUUCAUGCUGCCUGUGGUUUGGAUUUGGACAGCAUAAAACAGGGGACAGAUUAUCAAUUUUGAGUGUUUCCCUGUUCCCUGUCUUCCCUCCCCCCGGAACACUGUUUUUAUUACAGAAAUCACACGUUCAACUAUAGUAAUUUGGGCACGCACCCUACUAUUGGGUUUCGUUCCUGUGUACGUAAACAUUUUCGGCAGCCUGUUGCCAGUCAAUAUUCGGCUUUUAUUCAGGCCAGUAGGAGCCGUUUACAACUAUUAACAGGUAGAAGAGAACGGAGCGCUAUACUUGGAGAAUGGGCCUCAUAAGCCAUUAUUGAAGGAAAAAAAUAAUUUACCCUUUAAAUUUGAUAUUUUACCUCUUCUUGCUCUCUUCUAGGGGCAACCAGACCUAUAAGUAAAAAGAAAUGGUGCUAAUAACUUGCUUUGUGAUUGACCACCGUGUUGCCACUGUGUAAAAACGUUUUAAGAAAAUAGUGGCUGUAGAUAUUGGUUGGUGACACUGCCAGAUACCUCGGAUCAUAUUUAUCUUCACCAUGAUCUGACAGGGGUCUCCAAAUUGUGGAUCUCCAGCUGUUGCAAAACUACAACUCCCAGCAUGCCCGGAAAGCCCUUGGCUGUCCGGGCAUGCUGGGAGCUGUAGUUUUGCAACAGCUGGGGGGGCCACAGUGUAAAGACUACUGGUAUAAGGCAAAGAUCUUAAGCCUGUGCAAAUCUCACCCCCUGGAAGGAGAAGGUUCGGGACGUUGCACAAAGAAUGAGCCUAAUGACGGCAUUUGCCUCGGGCGGCUGGUCGGCGAGGGUGAUCUGUAGUUAUUUCUAUUUGUAAGUUUCUUGCCCAUCAAAAGGGCAUUGACCAGUCUUUUUGGAGAUUGGGCUGACACCAGAGAACACUAGCCAAUACUGUCAGUUUCUACAUCCCAUCAUUUCUUAUGACCGGACGCAAACAAUAAUUUUUUAUUUUUUUAAUUUCCAAAAUUGUUAAAAACACAAAAGCGCACAAAACGUACCAUGCUAUUUAAUGCACAAUAUUUAUUUAUGUAACUGAUUGAAUAAAGUUCUAAUAUUUCUUCACAAUCAAUUAAAAUCUUUACAUUUUGUUCACCAGAACUGUAUGAAAUAAAGUUUUCUUUGAAUUAUAGAAUGUGCAUAACGGCCCCCUAGGCCUUGUUUGUGUAUGUGUGUCAGCCGCUCAGCCCUUAGCAACCAAUCCGUGUCCUAGUUUCAUUUUUGAGUCGAGGUUGAAAUCUGGUUGCUAUGGGUAACAUGGUCAUUAUUUUUCUAGCUCUCACUAGCUGCAAUAAAAAA